AUGUCCAGCCAUUCAAAACUAUAUAACAAACAUGUACUGGUCUUUGGUGGUACUAAAGGCAUCGGUCGUGGCGUGGCCGUCAAGGCAAUCCAGGAUGGUGCCAAGGUGACGGUCGUUGGUUCGUCACAAGCCACGACUGACGAGGCUACCAAAGAAAUCAAGUCUACCUACCCAUCAGCUCAGAUAUCAGGGGUCGGCUUUGAUCUACGCCAGGACAAACUCGAGGAAGCUUUGGAGGCAUUAUUCCAGAACAUUGGUCAAGUCCAUCACGUCGUUAUUACAGCCAGCAACUCCCUUCCAGGACAUGUGUCGAUCCAGAAAUACACCCUCACGGAUCUUCAUCCUCUUCAUGAGAGACUCCAAGUAAUGGUGCUCUUGGCCAAGGUGGCUUCUCGCCAUCUACCGCUGAGCAGACAUUCCAGUCUUACCUUCACCUCUGGAAGUAUUGCGGAUCAACCACAGCCUGCAUGCAGUGUACUGGCAUUCUUGGCACAAGGCAUGGUCGGGUUUAUUCGAGGAUUGGCCUUGGAUAUGAAGCCUGUACGUGUGAAUGUAGUGGAGCCAGGCUACGUUUUGGACACAGGUUUAUGGGCUGUCGUUCCGGUUGACCAGGUGAAGUCGUUGCGAGAAAGUCUAGCUAACAAGAAUCCUACUGGAAGUGGGGGUCUUGUUGAGGAUGUCGCUGAGGCCUAUCUUUACCUUAUGAAGGAUGGAAAUUGCACUGGGGAGACGAUCAAGUCAAGGAGCGGUCAGCACCUGGUUUGA